UGGUUCUCAUGAAAAUUUUUCUUGUUUCAUCUCUAUGCCUUCACUACCUUCUGAAGUUUGAAAUCCUUUUUGUGGUAGCUAGCAAGCAAAGCAUGUAACUUGAUAGGAGUGCAUGUUCUCCAGCUGCUAUGAGAAAUAAAAAAUCUUCUUUCUCUUACUUCAACCAUGGUUGGACUUAUGAUGUGUUUGUAAGCUUCCAUGGGAAAGACACUCGUUUCGGUUUCACAGGCUACCUCUGUAACGCCUUGUACCAGAAGGGAAUCAACGCUUUCAAAGAUGACAUCAAACUCAAGAAAGGAGAAGGGAUUUCACCAACUCUUCUCAAAGCAAUUGAUGAGUCCAGGAUUUCCAUCAUUGUUUUCUCCGAAAACUACGCGUCUUCAACUUGGUGCCUCGAUGAACUUGUUAAGAUUAUUGAGUGUAUGAAAGAGAAGGGACAGUUGGUCCAGCCGGUUUUCUACUAUGUUGACCCUUCAGAUAUACGGCAUCAGAGGGGAAGUUUUGGAACAUGGAUGACUAAGCAUGAAGAAAAUCCCAACAUUAGCAAAGAAAGAGUGAGGAAAUGGAGAACUGCGCUCUCAGAUGCAGCAAAUCUGUCAGGAUGGCAUUUCAAAGAUGGGAAUAACUAUGAGUUUGAAUGUAUUCAAAGGAUUACUGAAGUUAUAUCGAUCGAAUUAAAUCAUACCUCAUUACACGUAGCUGAUCAUCAAGUUGGAUUGAAUUAUCGAAUGUCAGAAGUUAAAACACUUAUAGGAAUCGAGUCUAAUAAUGAUGUUCGCAUGGUUGGAAUUCAUGGCAUUGGUGGAGUUGGCAAAACAACAAUUGCUAGAGCUAUGUAUAACUCAAUUGCUAGCAAGUUUGAUUGUUCAAGUUUCCUUGCUGAUGUAAGAGAAAAUUCAAUAAAACAUGGUCUAGUAAAACUGCAAGAGACCCUUCUGCUUCACUUGCUUGGAGAAAAUAUCAACUUGGGUGAUGAUGUGAGCAGAGGAAUUCCUAUAAUCGAAAGAAGGCUUCGCAACAAGAAGGUUCUUUUGAUUCUCGAUGAUGUGGAUGAUCUAGAACAGUUGCGAUCAUUGGCGGGAAGACACGAUUGGUUUGGUUUUGGAAGUAGGAUUAUCAUAACAACAAGAGAUAAGCAUUUGCUAGAUGCACAUGGGGUUAAAAAAGCAUAUAAAGUGAAGGAGCUGAAUGAUCUUGAAGCUAUUGAACUAUUCAGCUUCAAUGCUUUUAAAAGAAAGGACCCUGAUGCAAGUUAUGUGGAGAUAACAAACAGACUAGUGCAAUAUGCCAAAGGCCUUCCAUUGGCUUUGAAAGUCAUAGGUUCUGAUUUGUUUGGCAAGACAAUAGAAGAAUGGGAAAGUGCAUUGAAGAAAUAUGAAACAAUGCCAAGCAAAAAGAUUAUAGAUGUUCUCAAAGUGAGCUUUGAUAAUUUAGAAGAUAAUGAAAAAGAGAUUUUCCUUGAUAUUGCAUGUUUCUUCAAAGGGUAUUUCAAGGGGGAUGUAGAAAAGACACUAGAUGCUUCUCGCUUUUUUUCAAAGUAUGGCAUUGGAGUGCUUAUUGACAAGUCUCUAGUGACAGUUGGUGAAGCCAAUACACUUAAGAUGCAUGAUCUUAUUCAAGACCUGGGUAAAGACAUUGCUAGACAGGAUUCACCAUUUGACCCUGGCAAACGCAGAAGAUUGUGGCAUCAUGAGGAUGUUCUUGAAGUCUUGACAAAAAACACGGGAACCGAAAGAAUUGAAGGCAUAAUGUUGGACAUGCACAACCUAAAACAAGAAGUGCAGCUAAAAGCCAACACCUUUGAUAAUAUGAUCAGACUUAGAAUCCUCAUAGUUCGAAAUGGACAAAUUUCUGGAUCCCCCCAAAAUCUCCCAAAUAAUUUGAGAUUGCUUGAGUGGAAUGAAUAUCCUUUAUCAUCUUUGCCAGUUGAUUUUCAUCCAAAGACACUUGUUGUACUCAAUUUGCCCAAGAGUCAACUAAUAAUGGAUAAGCCAUUCAAGAACUUUGAGAAAUUGACUUUUAUGAACUUCAGUGAUUGUGAUUCCCUAGCAAAACUACCUGAUGUCUCAGCAACCCCAAAUCUAACAAGAAUUCUUGCUAACAAUUGUUCAAACUUGGUUGACAUUCAUGAUUCUGUUGGACAUCUUGACAAACUAGUCACAUUGAGCACUCAAGGAUGCCCUAAACUAAAGAGUUUUCCACGCAGCUUGAGAUCAAAAUUUCUUGAAUACCUUAAUCUUAGCAAGUGUUCCAACAUUCAGAGUUUCCCAGAUGUAAUGGAAAAAGUAGAAAGUAUGAAAAAUAUUGAUAUAGGAGGGACUGCCAUAAAAGAGUUUCCAAGUUCAAUGGAAAACUUCAAUGGUCUUGAAGAACUAGUGUUGACAUCUUGCCUAAGUUUGGAGGAUCUACCUAGUAACACAGAUAUGUUUCAAAAUAUUGAAGAGCUUAAUGUCAAAGGAUGUCCACAAAUUCCUAAAAUUUUAUGGAAGUCAUUAGAAGACAAGAGGCAUCCAAAGCUAAGUAGACUAACCCUCACAAGUUGUGAUAUAUCAGAUAAAGAUCUUGAGUUAAUCCUUACUUGCUUUCUACAAUUAAAGUGGUUGAUUCUAUCAGAUAACAACUUCUUAACCAUCCCUGAUUGCAUUGAAGACCUUUCUCACCUCUUGCUUCUUCAUGUGGAUAACUGCAAGCAGCUUAGAGAUAUUUCAGUACUUCCACUAUACUUGCAAUACAUAGAUGCAAGGAACUGCACAUCAUUGACUCCCCAAUCAUCAGAUGUAAUAUUGAGCCAGGCAUUUGAGGAGAUUCCAUACAUAGACAUUGUGGUGCCAAGGAAAAAUAUUCCAAGUUGGUUUGAUCAUUGUAGCAAAGGAGGGUCUGUGGCCUUUUGGGUUCGAAGAAAGUUCCCUGCAAUUGCUCUAUUUUUUCUUUUGAGUGGUGAAGAUGAAAGGAAAACUGAUUAUCCAUGUGAAUUCUAUUUACUCAUUAAUGGCCUCCAAGUUUACCAAGGAAGAAGAGAGUGGCCAAUUGAUCAUGUAUGGCUAUUUGAUCUGCGAGUCAAACUUACCGCCAGCGAGUGGCAGGGGUUCAAUGAACAAAUCAAGUCUGGUUGGAAUCAUGUCGAGAUUUCGUGUUCAGUCUUGAACGAGCUGAAAAAUGCAACUGUUAAAAGGUGUGGAAUUCAUCUAUACAAAGAUAGAAUGAACAUCCACCAUGUUUCCUUCAUAAGUCCUGAUCUUCAUGGCUCAAAUAUGGCCUUUGAUAACAUAAAUGACAAUUUGGAUGUCUAUGAUGAAGUACGAGAUGAUGUUGUUUUCCCCACAAUACUUGCUAAAUAUUUUAACAAGAGUAUACUAGAGGUCAUGGGAAAUCUUCAAUCUAGCAGGAGAAAUGAUGAUUACGGGUAUGACUAUGAUGAGGAGUUGGAGCUAGAGAGUGACAAUGACCCUGACAACCAGCACAUGGAAGAGGAACAACAUUCAGAUUCUCUCAAUCAUCUAAUCCUGGAAAACUCUGAACUUAUGAACAACAACAAAGGAAAAGAAACACUUGAAGAACCUCUUGUUACGACAAUCCACGUGAAGGAGCCAACACUUGCACAUAUAGCAAAGCUAAAAGAUAAUGGAGAUUUUGCACCUGAGUCAAGUGCCCCUGCAUCAGGUAGAAACAAGGGAACAGAACUGGAAGAUAAAAUCACUUCUGGAGAACAUACUAAUAUUGGCUUCACAUGUAGCAACCACAUGUCAAGAAAUCAAGUUGAUUCAAAUGUAGAAGAAGCCACAUUGCAUCUUAUUAAAGAUCUAGCAGAUAUCUAUGAAACUCAUAUUUCUGAAGGAAAAGGUGAUGGUCAACAACCAAUGCCAAAUGCAGAAGCCUAUUUAAAUAUUUUUCAGUCUACCAUAAAUGAAGACAACAUGGAAGCAUUUUAUGCUUCUCUUGAAGCUGAGAAUACUUCUCCAUCACAUGUCCAAGACACGCAACUUAACAAUGUAUCUUUGAGAACUAGGCCUAGUGAAGAAACCCAGAAAGCAUUGCAGACUCUCCGAGACUUUGUCUCGAAAAAAUUCUCUCUUUUAUUGCACCCGGGACGUUCUGGAAAGAUGAAAGAUAUUCUAAAACAUCUCCUCAGUUUGCCACCGGAUGAGGGAAUUUCCCUCAGAACAAAAUCAGUUAUACAACAACUUUCUCAAAGUUUUUCUCAGUGGAGUUUGGAUUAUAACAAUGCAAACCUUAAACAUGAGACAUCAACUGCAGAUUUAUCAAAAGCUCAGAAACUGAAACAUGAUCUUGAAGCUAAUGCUGAAGAAUUCAGGGAAAUGGACAUGGUGGAGAGAUGUUUGUGUGAUCAGUUGGCCUCCUUGGAAGAAAAAAAGAGGGAGCUUGAAGAGAAAAUCAAUGCAGUGAAAUCUGAGAUGGCAGAUUUUGCAUCACAGAAAGACAUGGUUGCUAAGAGAAAGAGAGAACUGUUUAACAAAGGAAUUGUGAUGAAAGAUGAAAGGGAUGAUUUGGGGAACCAAGUGCCAGGGUUGAAAGCUGAGCAGGAAUGGGCAAAGACUAUACAAGCUAAUAUUGAAGAAGAAUGGUCUAAGCUUGGAGAAAAACUCAUUGGAAGUGCUGGUUUUGAAGAGUGGAUCUAAUUAAGUACCUUUGCAAUAUUCCAGACUCAUGUUAACCAAAUAUGCAAUGGUUAUCAGAAAUUGUGGCAACUAUAUUUUUCUGAUUUCAAAUUGACAUGAAACUUUCUGACAUGAUCAAGCUAUCUGUACAGGCAAGAGUAGAAUUAGAAACAAUUUAGUUUGAUUUUUAUUCAAAA